GGAGGAGUGUUAUCAGAAUAAGGUAGUUGACCUGCAGAAUAAGGUCUUAGGGGAUGUUAUCAUAAUAGACUCCUUAUUGUGUUUCUCUCUAGAGAUGACAAUCAGGAGCACACGUCCUUGGGAUCCGGACCAGCAACUUUCCUUCUUUGCAUUUAUUUCAUUUUAUGUGAUUGGUAGGUAUUUCCUCUUAUAGAUGAUUUAGGACCACGGUCCCCUCGCUAUAGCCCGGUAGGCUCAGUGGGUAGGCUGCCAAAGCUGCAGCGACGCAGCCCUCGGCCCGCGCGCAGCGGUCCUCAGCCCACGAACGGUUCCAGCUCGCUGACGGUGCCUAGCCUGGAAAAGGUUCGUGAGUUUCUAAAAAAAAGGUUCGUGUUUUUUUACACCAAAAUUGCCCCGUCUCUAACUCUCUAUCAACCCCCUCAUUUUUUUCUCUCCCCCACCCCUAUCCAAAUCUGAACCGGGCUCUCCUCUCGCUCCUCCCCAUGGCACGGCGGCCCACCAUCGCGCCUCCUCACUGCCCCCCUCCCCUCCCUCUCCCUUCACUACUGCCCCGUCGAGCUAGCAUCUAGGGACCGUAGCUGUGGCCAUGGCGGCCUUGCCUACGGGGAUCAUCUGAUCAGCGAGCGCGGCCGCAGAGAUGGACAGGGACGAAACGGCCGUCGACGGGGAUGGAGAGCACGUCCAGCACAUCCUCCUCGCCAUCGACAACUUCACCCGCAAGGUAUCUGAGAUGCUGGACUCCGGACGCGCCAUGUUCAAGGACCUCGGCGCCGUCUUCGAGGACCGCCUCAGUAGAGAGUGGAGAAGUGGGAGGAUGAGAUCAGGGGAGCUGCGCGCCCGCGCCGCCGCCAACGAGCAGAUCCGUGACCCCCUUUUUUUUAGUUUUUUCCCAUGUCCACCUAUGUAUGCAGUUCUGUAUCUUGGCUGUGUCCGCUCUCCGCUGGCAACGAGCAGUGACGCUGCGUGCAUUAGCUGUGUGUGCUGCAUGGAUUAGCUACCUCCCCCUCCGCAUGAGUUGUGUGUGCUGCGUGGAUUAGCUGGAUUGGAGACGAAGAUCUCUCCAUUGACGACAACUCCGUGAACCUGUGCUUCAUAUUUGGGAUUUUUCCUCUUUUCUUCUGCCUUGGUGCUUACCUUGGACUGCAGCCGUUCAAUGAAACAGUGUGGUGGAUUAAACUCUUCCUUAUUGUCGUGCUUUAUUUUUGGUUCUGGUUCUAGUUCUCUUAAUUCAUGCUGAUGUUGUAGUAUGAUGAUUUUCCCAUCAGUUAUGGGAUUUGUUGACCAGCUCGUGCUGUUUUUUGA